GAAGCACAAGACAGCUGAAGUAACCGUCCUAGGAAGGCAGGCUUCAUUUAUCAUGUAAAUCCAAUUUACGAUUUAUUUUUAUAGAGUAAAUGGAAAAGAAAUAUGAUGGUCAAGACUUCACAGAGGAAGUGUCAUGACUGGGUAAACCAACCCAAACCAAAGCCUGAUCUAAGCAUCUCCAUCCCUUUGAGGAUGUCCAAUAACAUAUUCAGGAGCCCAGUUACGAGAAUCACAUCCCACCCAGGCAAUGAGGUCAGGUGCCACCAGUGGAAGGAGACCUUGGACAAGCCCCAACAGGUGUGCUGGCAGAAGAGACUUCAAGGGCUCCAGGCCUGCAGCAGCGAAGGACAACUGCUAAGCUCUUUCAAUCUCACCAAAGCCUUGCAAGCAUUAGUGCCUAGUUGCACAGGUGAGUCCCUACCAGGCGUUCUCACAGGUGGUGCUCACUGCAGCUCCAUGUCCAACCCUGCCGGGUCCUCGCAUGUGGCAGAGAUGACUCCAGGUGCUGAUCUGGGCAUCCCACAGCUCCCCUGCAAACAAUUUCUGGUAACUGAGAAAGAUAUCAAGAAACAGGAAAGGAAAAUGAAGACAGCAAGAGAGAGACUGGCGAGAGUGUUGCUUGCAGACAGACUCGCUAGGGAGACAGAGAAAAUGAGGGGCCAAGAAGGAUGUCCAAAGAAACAAUAGGGGGGAAAAAGAAGAUGGUGCAGAUGAAACAGAGCUCGACACUAUUAAUGUCUCUUUGCAGUGUCCCUAAUGUUUUCUUGCUUUGAGCUUUUGAACUUUAAAAUAUCCCAAUGCUUGUCUUUAUUAAACUUCUUCAUGUGACAAAAUAUAUAGAUAGUGAUCUUUUUCAGGUGAGAGAUUUGGUUUCAGAUGAGGAAAGGAGACCUUUCCUUUUCAUGUUGUACUCUCACUUUCCUUUGCUAUCUACUUGUAUUUAAAAGUCAAUGAGUUAUCAAAGUCAUGGGAUUAUUUAGUGCUCUGCCCUUACAGUCACAGAGUAAAACCUACCUGUCAGAGUGAAUUGUCCUUUUUGUGUAAUAUUCCGGUAGAUUCCAAAAUAAUAUUUUAUUGAAGAGCUUUUAUAUCUAUGUUUUAAAAUAUCUACUUCUAGAUCUUUAUUUUCCUGUCCUUUGUUGCACAUUAAUUCAGAGUUGCAUAUAAUGAAAUACUAGACUUUGCUUCAUUAUUUAGAUUUCUAUGUGUUUGAAA